UUAGCACCCGAACCAACUGGACCCCUUGAAGUACGACUGGUGGAUGGAGCAAGCGAAAUGGAGGGCAGGGUAGAAGUCCUCUACAACAACUCCUGGGGCACCAUCUGUGACGACCAAUGGGGAUUCAGCGAUGCAGAAGUUGUUUGUAGGAUGCUUGGGUUUGUAAGGGCAGUCAGAGCUUCAAUUGGUGCUGAAUUUGGUGAAGGGAACGGAUCGAUUGUUCUGGAUGAUGUGGCCUGUCAUGGACAUGAGAUGAGUCUUCUAGAUUGCCAGAGAAGGGAUUUCUUGGAUCAGAACUGUGGCCAUCAUGAAGAUGCUGGAGUUGUGUGUUCAAAUUCUAAUGUUACUGAAUCCCCACCCACGGUAACAUAUUUUGAGGCAAGGCUUGUUGGCGGAGACACAGAGCGGGAAGGACGUGUAGAGGUCUUCUAUAAUGGCUCUUGGGGAACCAUCUGCGAUGAUCUCUGGGAAAUGAAUGAUGCUGUCGUUACCUGCAGGAUGCUCGGAUUUGGCCCUGCUAUCCGGGCUUACACCUCUGCAGAGUUUGGUGCUGGUGAAGGACCGAUUUUCCUGGACAAUCUGGAGUGUCUAGGAACAGAGGAGAAUCUUGGAGAAUGUCAGCAUAAUGGUCUGUUGGUCAACAAUUGCCAACAUUCUGAAGAUGCAGGAGUGCGUUGUGCUGCUCCUGAACCAACCGAGCCGCUCCAGGUCCGUCUAGUUGAUGGUGCCAACGAACUGGAGGGCAGGGUAGAAGUCCUCUACAACAACUCCUGGGGCACCAUCUGUGACGACCAAUGGGGAUUCAGCGAUGCAGAAGUUGUUUGUAGGAUGCUUGGGUUUUUAAGGGCAGUCAGAGCUUCAAGUGGAGCCGAGUUUGGCCAAGGGAACGGAUCAAUUGUUCUGGAUAAUGUGGCUUGCCAUGGACAUGAGACGAGUCUCCUAGACUGUCCGCGAAGCUACUUUUUGGAACAGAACUGCGGCCAUCAUGAGGAUGCAGGAGUAGUAUGUUCAAAUUCCAACGCUACCGAACCUCCACCUACCAUCGUACAGUUUGAUGCAAGGCUUGUUGGCGGUGACACAGAGCGGGAAGGGCGUGUAGAGGUCUUCUAUAAUGGGUCUUGGGGAACGGUCUGCGAUGAUCUGUGGGAUAUGAAUGAUGCUCUUGUUGUAUGUAGGAUGGUCGGCUUUGGUCGUGCCAUGAGGGCAUACAGCGCUGCUGAGUUCGGGCCUGGAGAAGGAGCGAUUGUCUUGGACAAUCUGGAAUGCCUUGGAACAGAGGAGAACCUUGGAGAAUGCCAGCAUAGUGGAUUAUUGAUUAACAACUGUCAACAUUCUGAAGAUGCGGGAGUGCGAUGUGCCGGCCCAGAACCAACUGAACCUCUCCAGAUACGUCUAGAAGAUGGAGCCAAUGAAAUGGAAGGUCGAGUCGAAAUCCUCUACAACAACACCUGGGGAACCAUCUGCGAUGACCUUUGGGACAUCAAUGAUGGCAACGUCGUCUGCAGGAUGCUGAACUACACCAGGGCCAUCAGUGCACCUAGAGGAGCAGAGUUCGGUGAGGGUGAAGGCCCCAUCUUCUUGGAUAACGUAGAAUGUCAAGGAGAUGAAGCAAGUCUCCUGGAUUGUCAACGGCUUGGUUUCCUGGACCAGAACUGUGGCCAUUCGGAGGAUGCAGGAGUGGUCUGCACAAACAUAAGUGCUACCGAAGCUCCACCGACAACAAUGCCUGUAGUCGACCUCCAGGUGAGACUCGUUGAUGGCACAACUGACCUUGAGGGACGGGUGGAGGUGUAUUACAACGGCACUUGGGGCACAAUAUGUGAUGACCAAUGGGACACGCUCGAUGGCCAUGUGGUAUGCAGGAUGCUCGGCCUGGGCAUGGCCCGGUCGGCCCAAGGCUACGGAGCCGGUCAGGGACCCAUCAUCCUGGACAAUGUACAAUGCCAGGGGACAGAAGACAACCUUGGGGGAUGCCAACAUCAAGGAUUGUUCAAUCAUAACUGCGGGCAUGCAGAAGAUGCUGGUGUCAGAUGUUCAGGGAAUACCACCCAGGAAUCCCUGAGUUCUCUGCAGGUUAGAUUGGUGGACGGCGCCACACCCAGUGAAGGCCGCGUCGAGGUCCUACAUGACGGCAACUGGAGCACCAUCUGCGAUGAUUACUGGGAUCUGCCCGAUGCUCACGUCGUCUGUCGAAUGCUGGGCUACCCUGGAGCAGAGAGCGCCCUCUCGAGUGGGUUCUUUGGACAGGGUGAAGACAGGAUUCUCCUGGAUGAUGUGGAAUGCUUCGGCAAUGAGACGAGCCUUGAGGAUUGCCAGUAUCCAGGAUUCUACCAGCAUAAUUGUCAACAUUAUGAAGAUGCUGGAGUGGUCUGUAGGCCCAGAGUGCGACUGACCGGAGGAGGCAACUACCGCCAGGGUCGUGUCGAGAUUUACUAUGACAACACCUGGAGCACUGUUUGUGAUGACUCGUGGGACCUCAAUGAUGCCAACGUUGUAUGUCGGAUGCUGGGCCAUGCGGAGGCGGAAGCAUACCGGACAUUGUCGUUCUUUGGUCAAGGGGUAGGAGAGAUUAUCCUGGAUGAUUUGGAGUGCUCAGGAACUGAAAGGGACAUCUUGGACUGUCAGCAUGCUGGGUUGUUCAACAACAACUGUGGACAUUCAGAGGAUGCUGGCGCUGUCUGCUCACAAAGAGUACGCCUGGCAGAUGGGGGGACACCUAGCGAAGGAAGGGUUGAGUUCUACAGCAACGGAACUUGGGGUACAGUCUGUGAUGACGCGUGGGACAUCGAGGAUGCCACAGUGGUCUGUCGCAUGCUGGGGUACCACAAGGCUGCAUCUGCUCCCCUUGGGGCGUUCUUCGGUCCUGGUCAGGGAGAUAUCCUGUUUGAUGAGGUAGGCUGUACUGGAGCAGAGAGUGGAUUGAUGGAAUGUUCCCAUCGCGGACUCGGUGUAAAUAACUGCGGGCAUGGCGAAGAUGCUGGUGUUAUUUGUGCAAAUGAGCUUGAUGUCAGACUGGUUGACGGUGAGAAUGACAAUGAGGGGCGUGUCGAAGUCCUUUACAACGGUGCCUGGGGAACUGUGUGUGAUGACUCCUGGGAUAUGAAUGAUGCGCACGUCGUCUGUCGUCAACUUGGCUACCCCGGAGCUGAGGAAUCGUACGGUUAUGCUCACUACGGUGCUGGGGAUGGCCAGAUUGUUCUGGACGAUGUAGAAUGCAUCGGCAACGAGACAAAUAUAGCGUUCUGCAGUCACAGGGACAUUGCGACCAGCAACUGCGGCCAUCAUGAGGAUGCUGGGGUUCUUUGUGCUGAAGGUGGUCCAAUAGAAAACUUUGCUGUCCGCCUAGUCGACGGUCUCAUCCCAAGCAAUGGUCGCGUCGAAGUCUACUACGACGGCUCUUGGGGAACCGUCUGUGAUGACGGCUGGGACAUCAAUGAUGCAAACGUUGUCUGUCGUAUGCUUGGCUAUGCUAGAGCAAUCUCAGCGCCGUUCGGAGCGCGGUUUGGCGGGGGCAGCGGUCAGAUACUCCUGGAUGACGUGGACUGCAGAGGAUCGGAGGCAUCACUACUGGAUUGCGAGAAUAACGGACUUGGGCAGCAUAAUUGCGGGCAUACCGAAGAUGCAGGGGCUGUUUGUAGCUCAGAACCCUCUGAGAAACCCAGCCUUCCUGUCAGACUAACCGGAGGGUCUACCCCAUCUGAGGGCAACGUUGAGGUUUUCUAUAAUGGGGUGUGGGACAACGUGUGUGACAAUACGUGGGACCUAGCUGAUGGAUUUGUCGUUUGCAGGCAACUAGGUUACAGCAGCGUCCGACGGGUCUCGCGUAACUCCCGCUACGGCCAGAACAGCAACCAUUACAGGCUUCUAGACGUCCACUGCACAGGGGCAGAGAACGGGCUUGGAGAUUGUCGGGAAGAGGUCACUGAGGAUCUUAAUAUCUGCAGGUUUGGAAGGGAUGCUGCAGGAGUGUCGUGUGCUACAGCCUCAGAUGGAGAUGUGCGCAUCGUAGGCGGUCCAAACUACCUCAUGGGAAGGGUUGAGAUUUACAACGAGGGCUCGUGGGGCACCGUGUGUGAUGAUGGCUUCGAUCUCAACGACGCCCACGUGGUCUGCCGUCAGGCUGUCUCAGCCGAGGCAAUAACCUUCGCUCCCAAUGCGUUCUUCGGGCCCGGAAACAACAGCAUUGUGUACGAUGAGCUGGAUUGCGGUGGUUACGAGACUAAUUUGGCGGAGUGCCCGGUGGGUGUUGGUUUACGAGGAGAUUGCUCCCACGCUGAGGAUGUGUCAGUAGCUUGUCAAAUACCAGUCCGUCUUGUUGGAGGUUCUGGCCCUCAUGAAGGACGGGUUGAGAUGCGUUACUUUGGUGGGUGGGGAUCUGUCUGUGACUCGGAAUGGAGCAUCGAAGACGGUGACGUCGUCUGUCGCCAGCUCGGCUACAAGGGCGCUGAGGAGGUGUUCUACGAUGCCCACUUUUCUCCUGGAGAGGGCAGGGUUGUUCUUGACGGACUCCGUUGCCAUGGGAAUGAGAGCCAAUUGAUGCUGUGUCCUCAUGAAGGAAUCCUGACCAAUAGGAAUGGCUGUACUAACGAUAAUGAGGCUGGAGUGAGAUGUAGGGAGGAAACCGAUACAACUACCUUUCCUACCAUAACGGGCUACAACCUUGCCGACAAUGCAACAACCUCAAUGGGCGCACCAACCAGCAAUACUACCAUGCCACACCCUACCACUGUACCAGCCGACCCUAGCAAACAUGGACAGGUGCGUCUCGUGGGCGGGGCCACACCCAACGAGGGGCGCGUGGAAUGGAAUGUCAACGGCGUCUGGGGAUCGGUCUGCGAUGACUUCUGGGAUUUGAAGGACGCCACCGUGGUCUGCCGUGAGUUAGGUUUCGUCUCGGCUCGCAAGGCGGUCAUGCUUGCAGGAUUCGGCCAGAGCAAAGGACCAAUCGUCGCUGAUGAUGUCCUUUGCCGUGGGACGGAAGAGAGCUUCUCCAAUUGCUCCAAGAGUGACACCAAUAACUGUGGUCAUUCUGAGGAUGCAGGAGUCAUCUGUAACACAGAGACCACAUCCUACACUCCUAACCUUAUUGACAUGCAAGCCAACGCCACUUUUGCUUCCGGAACCGUGAGCAUCGGUGGAACCAACGACUCAUCAGUAUACGUCUGCAGCGAAGGGUUUGACUUCGCCGACGCUACCGUCGUCUGCCACCAACUUGGGUACCGUAGUGCCAUGAAGACCUAUGAGAAGACUACAGAGCAGGGGGAUGUUAGUGCGUCGGUUAGGUUUGAGUGCAUUGGGAAUGAGGAGAAGCUUGGCGAUUGUUCUGCAGAGGAGUACGAUCCUGUCAACUGGAACUGCCUGCCGUUUGAAGCAGCCGGACUUGAUUGUUUCCCAUCAUACGAGGGUGUGUCCAUUGCCCUGGUCGGUGGCAGUGCACCCUGGGAAGGUCGCCUAGAACUGACCAUCAACUCCGUCACCGGAACCGUCUGCGACGACUACUUCAGCAUGGAGGACGCCCACGUGGUCUGCCGGUCCCUAGGGUAUCCAGGCGCGGUCUCGCUUUCAGGAAGCGGUCUGUUUGGCGAAGGAACGGGAGAGAUCUUCUUGGAUGACGUAAGUUGUUCUGGAGAUGAGGACCAUAUUCUUGACUGUGUUCAUGAUGGUGUCGGGGUUCAUAACUGUGGUCAUCGGGAAGAUGUCUCUAUCAUAUGCGAUGGAGGUGAGGUCCAACCCACAACAGCAGCAGACAAGAUCCGCCUGGUGGACGGGAACUUCCCCUCUGAGGGGCGCGUGGAAGUACUCCACAACGGCAUCUGGGGUACGAUCUGCAAUGACGGCUGGGACAUCGACGACGCAAACACAGUCUGUCGGAUGCUCGGCUACAAAGGGGGCGCCCUACAGGCUGUCCUGUCACCGGAGUUCGGCGAGGGCUCGGGUCCGAUCGUGCUGAGUAACGUUGCGUGCAAGGAAAGCGAUACGAAUCUGUUGGAUUGCGACUUCCCACCGUUUGGCACGCACACCUGCUACUUCACGAGAAUGGAUGCUGGGGUGCGCUGCAGCACAGGAGAGGUCAUACCCAAUCCAUUGAAUGUAGAUAUCCGCCUUGUGAACGGUAGUAAGCCUAGCGAAGGCCGGGUGGAAAUCUUCUAUAACAAUACAUGGAGCUCAGUUUGCGAUGAUGCCUGGGACUUACGCGACGCCCUCGUUGUUUGCCGACAGUUGGGCUUUCCAGCGGCUGCAUCAGCACCGUUACGGUCUAGGUUUGGUCCUGGUGAAGGGCCCAUCGUUGUGGAAGACUUUGGUUGCCGUGGCAACGAGAGUAACUUGGCCGAAUGUGAUCACGACCCGUGGACGAUCCAUGACUGCACGCAUGACGAAGAUGCUUCCGUUGUAUGCCUUGAAGAUUUAUCGGCUCCAUUGCGUCUUCGAGGAGGUAUUUACCCGGGCGAGGGCCGAUUAGAGAUCUACGUAGGGGACAAAUGGGGCACGGUUUGUGACGAUGGAUUCACUUUCACAGAAGCGAAUGUAGUCUGCCGUCAGCUGGGCUAUCCUGGCGUUCUACAGAUAUUAGCGGGUGAACAGUUUGGCGGUCUAGGGUACCUCCCCACUCUACUGGAUGAUCUGACGUGUGUCGGUGACGAGACUUCUCUGACGAUGUGUUUGCAUCGAGGUGUGGGCGACCACAACUGUGUAACUACAGAGAAUGUCGGCCUGAUAUGUAACACAUCUUCAGCCUAUUUUCCCGAUGCCCCUGUGAGAUUGAAUGGAAAAUCAAAUGAUUCGGGGAGAGUAGAGGUCUAUCACGACGGAGAAUGGCGAGCCGUAUGUGAUAACAACUGGGACCUGAACGAGGCGAGCGUUGUAUGCCGUCAGCUAGGCUUCCCCAGGGCUUUCAUAGCAGACACGGGUUCCUACUACGGCGGGGACCCCAUAGGCUUCUGGCUGUAUGACGUCAAGUGUUCUGGUACAGAGUCUAACCUCGGUCAGUGCAGUCACGCCGAGUGGGGUCAAGGGUCGUGUGCGUUCAGCCAGGAAGCAGGAGUAAUGUGCUUUCCAGCGAGCGAUGGUGACGUUCGUCUAGCGGAAGGAAGGAGCUGUCUGGAGGGAAGGGUUGAAUUCUACACUGACGGUGAAUGGGGCACCGUUUGUGAUGACAUGUGGAGCAGAGAAGACGCUGAUGUAGUAUGUCGACAGCUAGGCUUUGGUCCAGCCUCUGGGGUGUUUAGUGGUGCUGUGUUUGGGGGAGGCAACGGACCUAUCCAUGUAGAUGACUUGGAAUGCACUGGAAAUGAGAGUAGCCUCACGGACUGUAUGAGGAGAGAGGACGGAGAGCAUAAUUGCGGCCAUCAAGAAGAUGCUAGUGUGUCGUGUACAUUACCAGUGCGUCUAUCUGGUGGCAACUCUACUAGUGCGGGUCGCGUCCAAGUCUACUUCGAAGACCAGUGGGGCAAGGUCUGCCGGGACGACUUCACCGACAUCGAGGCCGACGUCGUCUGCCGCCAGCUGGGAUUCGCCGGUGGAAACCAGACCGACGCCGCGCAGUACGAUAACACCGAUGGACUGUUUCAUUUGGACAAUCUAUCAUGCCGCGGUGAUGAAUUAAUGAUAGGCAUCUGUCCUCACAACGGAUGGGGCAAACAUGAUUGUUUCGAAGAAGAAGAUGCAGCAGUUAUCUGUUUUUGAAUGCCCUCCUUCAAAUCUAUUGGAAAUAUUUCUUUGAGAGAUAAGGGCAGGACAAGUCCCUCUGCAAAAUUGUUUCACUGAUUCCGAAGACAAGAAACGUGUAUCAGGACUCGUUUUGAAAAAAGCAUCCACCCUAAAUGCACUAUCCUGCACUCAGACAUUAGUUAUUUAGACUUAAGUCUUAGUAAGUCUUAAUAAGUUGCACUGUGAAUACAUACGACCAUGCAUACAUGUGCGUUGUAUGUAAAAUAUGUAGGCUGUCUCAUCGACUUGACUAAUAUAUUUAUUGUGUACAAAAAAUAAUUUUAGCUUUCUUCCUGGGAUUGAGCUAUUCACCCAUGGCAGGAUUGCCAAUUUCAAUUCCAUGCUCAAAGUCUUUGAAUAUCUAGCAUGUUAUUUACUGAAACCAUUUGAACCCUGUCUACAUGUUGAUAUGUUUUUUCAGAUAAACAGCUUUACUUUAAAAAAAAUGAUAACUUGCAUUAUUACAGUAUAUUGCUAUCCAUAACAUUGUAUGAAGUAGAGCAUAUAUGGAGUAAAACUCCAUUUUCCUAUCUUGUACAUUAGAAAGUACGUGCACAAUUUAAUGAUUGUUGACCCCUCCCCAUGUCCCCAAAAUGAAUGUACGAAGUCAUUUCCUGUUGUUUUUUCUAAAAAUGAGUUGAAAAUUAGAAAACGUAGGCAAUGCCUCAUCAACUCUCUCGAUUUGUUUUGCUCUGUGGUAAACAUUGUUUUGGUCGAUUUGCCCAUGUCUUGCCGCAUUCUCCACUGCAAUCAUCAAGCAAUAAUAAUAUGAUAAUACGCAAGAGUUCAUUUGUAGAAUGUAAAUAAAUAUUGCUACAUUUUUAUGUACUGUUAUGUUUACAAAA